AUGGGCAAGAUAGAGGAGGCCCAAGCCGGUCUGCCGACGAGCCACCGUCCCGAAGAAUCACGUCGAAACCCGCGUCUUAUAAGACUGCUUUACGUCUUCAAGCUUGCGCUUAUCUGCUUUGUGCUCGUUCACACCGACACCAAGCUCCUCAAGCUGCCCAAGCUUCCAAGACCAUCGUCGCACCGUCCGCCCGUCAGUAGUCAAGGCAAUGCAGCCUGCCCGCAAGUGCCGCCGUUCCAGCUUCCAAGCUCGAACGCGACGCUAGGCCUUAUCAGCAAUGUCGGUGACAUCCAGCUGCCGUCCAGCGCCGAAUUAGCCCAGCUUCUGUCUGGCGCUGUUCAGGUCGAUACAUCCGUCGGAGAUGACUGGCCCACUGUCAAGCAGGAUCCAGCUCGAUGGCAGGCAGUGUUUUCUCCCUUCCACGACUACCUUCGAAGCGCUUUCCCCAAGAUCUACGCUCCCGACUCGCCUGUCAAGCUUGACCUGGUCAACGAGUGGGGACUCGUAUACACCCUUCCUGGCUCAGACGAGUCACUGCCUCCACUCGUGCUGAUGGCACACCAAGAUGUGGUGCCUGUCGAGCCCGAGACGAUCCCAUCAUGGACGCAUCCACCCUUUUCAGGCUUCAUCGACAACGAUCUCGGUCUCGUCUGGGGCAGAGGCUCUGGCGAUUGCAAAGCCUCGAUCGUCUCGAUCCUCGCCACGCUCGAAAGCCUGCUGAAGUCAGGAUUCAAGCCUCAGCGCACCGUCGUAUGCUCAUUUGGGUUCGACGAGGAGAGUGCUGGUACACAGGGCGGCGUUGAGCUGGCCAAGUUUCUGCACGAGCGAUACGGCGAUGAUGGCGUCGCCAUGAUUGUUGAUGAAGGUGGCGAGAUCGAGUUGGAUUUGGGCGUCCCCGUUGCUUCUCCUGCCGUCGCUGAAAAGGGUUAUCUCGACGCCCGAGUCACGGUGCUGACUAAAGGAGGGCACAGCUCCGCGCCACCCAGCGACCACACUUCGAUUGGCAUGCUCGCACAGCUCAUCACCGCUAUCGAGGCCAACCCGUACACUGCAACCCUUCAGCUUUCCGACAGGAAGCCCAACGAAGUCAACCCUGCACUGCAAUUCCUGCAAUGCACCCGAGACGCCCCUGAAUCCGACCCGAAACUCAGCAAAGCUCUCGAGAAGCUCGAAAAGCUGCAGCGCCAGCUCGAGGCCAGCUCAGCAUCCUUCAGCGGCAAGUUGAGUCGGAAAAAGCUCGCACAGAAACUGGACAAGCAAGCGGCGAAAGUUCUCUCGCUGAUGGACCGCAACCAGCGCUUCGGGUUCCAAACCACCCAAGCGGUCGACCUCAUCUCUGGUGGAGUCAAGAUCAACAACCUGCCAGAACAGGCGUCGGCGGUGAUCAACCACCGCAUCGAUGUCACGUCGUCGGUCGCUGACGUUCGACACCACAUCUACCGCACCCUCCAGCCGGUAGCACGGAAGCUGAACCUCGCCAUCACGGGCGAUGGCCCCGCAUGGGACUUUGUCGCCCCCACCACCGCAACCAGAUGCGCAGCAGCGGGCAAGAUCGUCCUGAGCGAUGCGUUCGACUCGGCGCUGGAGCCGGCGCCGUUCACUCCGCUGGAAGCUGCACCGUGGACGCUGCUGCAGGGUGUGAUGCGCGCCGUGUGGAAGGAUAUUCUCGUGGCGCCGGACGUCAUGGGCGGCAACACGGACACCAAGAGCUACUGGAAGCUGACCAAGCACAUUUUCAGGUUCAGCCCGGGCUCGGACCGUCCAUUCCCGAUCAAGGGCGAGUGGGAGAACAUUCACACUGUCGACGAGAGGUCGACGAUUCACGGGCUGGUGAAAGCGGUCGAGUUCUACAGUUUGCUCAUUCAGGCUGUCGGGUCGCAGACUCUAUAG